AUGGUGGAGAUGACGUUCUUCCUUGGUCUUCAAGUUCGCCAACUUGAAGAUGACAUCUUCAUCAAUCAGGCGAAAUACAAUAGGGAGCUGCUGAAGAAAUUCGACAUGGAGAGUUGCUCAACUGCUUCAACUCUUAUGAACUCUUUUAGCAAGCUUGACAAGGAUAAAAAUGGCCAGUCUGUUGAUAUAAAUGUCUAUAGAGGAAUAAUCGGUUCUUUGCUAUACCUAAUAGUCAGCCGGCCAAACAUCUUGUUUAUUGUUGGCGUCUGCCGAAUAUUUCAGGCUAACACUAAACAAUCUCAAUUAAGAAGUAGAUGUCCAUUGCCACGUCAAGAACAGAAGUUGAAUAUCUUGUCGCGGGCAGCAGUUGUUCAGUUGUUGUGGGUCCAACAACAGAUGAGAGACUUUGGCAUCGAAGUAGACGAGUCUCCGAUCUUCUAUGACAACAACAGUGCUAUAACAAUCACAUAUAACCCGGUGUUGUACUAUCCGACGAAACAUAUUGAUAUCAAACACCACUUCAUCUAG